UCAGGCCGAUAUAAAGACGCAUCUUUAGAGUGUUCUGAGAAACGGAAGAAUGCGGAGUUUGCUGCUGGUCGUGUUAGCCGUGGUCGUCCUCAGUCACUGCGACGGGGAGUACGUGCGAGCGUCACAUGAUUGGAGAAACGAGGGCACAGAAGUCGACAAGCCCCAGAUGUACAACUUCCACGUGGAGUCCGUGGUUCGGUUCCGGUUUGCACAUACAGUGGUAAGCAGCAGGAUUGCCAACCCCGCCAACAUCUCCCAGGAAGUGUCCUUUAGUGCAGUACUCCCUCGGACUGCGUUCAUCUCUGGUUUCCGCAUGGUGGUCGACGACCAAGUGUACAGCGCGUACGUGCAGACGAAGGCUGCCGCCAAGGAGGAGUACAGCGAGGCCGUAAGACAGGGCAGGACCGCGGCCCACGUCAGCCUCAGCCCCCGGGACUCGAACCGCAUCACGGUGUCGGUGAACGUGGAGCCUCGACAGAAGGUGACCUUCAACCUGACGUACGAGGAGCUGCUGGUCCGGAAGCUGGGAGCGUACGAACACGUCAUAAACCUGGACCCUGGACAGAUCGUACCCGACCUCAGCGUGGAGGUUCGCAUUGAGGACCCAGCCCUCAAGGUCAGCAACGAGAUAAACACGGACCCUGCCGCAGGUGCACACAACCCCCUGGCUACCGUAGAGCGCCCAACCCCUGAGUCGGCCGUCGUAAGAUUCGCACCGACCCCGGAACAGCAGAGGGAACUUGCUCGUGACGGUAUCAGGGGCCAGCUCGUUGUAAAGUACGACGUGGAGAGGACGCAGCAUCCGGGACAAGUUGUGGUCAGCGACGGGUACUUCGUGCACUUCUUCGCCCCAGUCGAUCUGCCACCGUUACCGAAACACGUGAUCUUCGUGCUGGACGUCAGUGGGUCCAUGAGUGGCAGGAAGCUGCGUCAGCUGAAGGAGGCCAUGGCGACCAUACUGGACGACCUGAAUCGAGGGGACCUCUUCAGCAUCGUCGUAUUCAGCGAGAAAGUUGAGGUGUGGGAUCCUGCCCUGGGCGAGGCCGAAAUGCAAGAUAAUUUAGGACGACUGAGGGACUGGACAGAAUCUACCACCGAUGCAGAGCGCAGUGGAACGCCGGCCCCUUCUGUGAUUACAGCCAUCACUCUGGAGAACACGAACAAAGCAAAGCGAUUUGUGCAGAACUUGACAACUUAUUCUGCGACCAAUAUACACGGCGCCCUGAUGAAGGCUCUGCAGAUACUGGAAGUCGGGCGCUCUGCGUCUCCGGAACAAACCAAUCACGCAGAGGAAAGGCCGGAACCAAUGAUUAUCUUCCUGACCGACGGACAAGCAAACGUCGGUGUUUCGGACACGUUCAGAAUCGUGUCCAGCGUGACCGCGGCCAACGCCGGGAACUCGUCCAUCUUCAGCCUGGCGCUCGGAAAUGGAGCGGACUUUCCCUUCCUGAAGAAGCUUUCGCUCCGCAACUCUGGCUUCGCGCGGAAGAUCUACGAGGCUUCAGACACUGCGCUGCAGCUCACAGAUUUCUACCGACAGGUGGCAUCUCCGCUGCUCGCGAACGUCACCUUCAGAUAUCAGCCGGACCAGGUUGAACCUCAGUCUGUGACGAGGCUCGCGUUCCGGAGGUUUUUCUCCGGCUCUGAGCUCGUGGUGGCCGGACGCCUGCACGGGAACAACGUCACUGGCGAGGUACAAGCCCACUCGUCUUCGGGCAGCGCACGUUACCCGUUCGACCCGGUGAUCUUGCCGACCACGCCUACCGCCAACACAAUGGAGAGGCUGUGGGCCUAUCUCACCAUACAGCAACUUCUGGAAGACGAUGACGCCAGCACGUCCCCAGGGAAACAACGCGCCCUGGAACUAGCACUCACGUACUCAUUCGUCACUCCGCUGACGUCACUCGUAGUGGUGAGGCCGGACAACGAGACGCGACCCGUGGAACCCGAGGAAGCCUCGUUUGCAGCUGCAGAUCGAAGCAGAGCUCCCAGCCACGUGUCACCUGUCAGCCUGUCAUCUUUUCCAGUACAAGGAGCCGCGAAAACUUCACAUAAUGCAUACAGCAGAAUACUUCCAGGUGGCUACCAGGACAUGCGUCCUAUAAGCAGCAGCGGAGCGUAUUACGCCGAUUUGAUACUCCCAGCCUAUCCAGUGAGCACCUCGGCCAGCCUUGAUGACAUCUUAUGGUUGUCCCCGAAUGACACCACCGUCUCCUUACCGACCGGUGUCAACGGAACAAGCGAAGUUUUGAACUUGGCUACAGCUGACGAGACAAAUGCGGCUUACGCGGCGUGCGUGACACCUGGUGGGCAGCCCGGACACUGCAGACAUCUCAAGUACUGUGUUCUUCUAACGUUCCUCAACAACCAGACGGAGUUCCUUCCGUUCUUCUGUCGCAUCGAUAGUUUCGUUGGUGUGUGCUGUCAAGACGACAGCUAACGUUCAGACAGUCUCGAAACGAAAGAACGCACUCGGCUACAUCGCAACUGGGAACAAGGUUUGUACCCUGUAAAUAUGAAACAUGCAUCGCAAUAAAUGACGCAUGCGCGCGUUUCCAAACACUC